UAACUCUUGUUCCGACUUCCGACGCUUUCUGAACUCAACCAUGCCUAUAAUUAUAAAUCUCCCACUAAAGAAUUGUACGACACAGCUAAGUCAGUAUCAGUAGUACUACACUUUUUCUCUUUCUCGUGAUGGACAUGCUCAUCAUGGACGACCCUGAUUUCCUCGACUUCUCCGAUCACAGCAUCACAACCACCCUUUCCUCCCACGAAGACUGCAACAAGAACAACAACAACCUCUGGUCCCCUCUUAUCGACUGGGAAUCCCUCAACGCAUGCGAAAAUGACUUCCAAACCCUAAUUGACUCCGUCAUGAUCGACAACAACGACGACGUUUUGACCCCAGAAGAAUCAGAUCAAAGCGCCGCCGAAGAAUCAGAAUCAGACUCCACCGGCGGCGACGAGAGGGGCCUCCGCCUGCUGCACCUCCUCAUGGCGGCGGCGGAGGCCCUCAGCUCCGGCACAGAGAGCCACGACCUGGCUCGAGCGAUAUUGGUUCGGCUCAACGAGUUGGUGUCCCCCACCCAGGGCACCAACAUCGAACGUCUCGCGGCGCACUUUAGCCACGCCCUCCAUUCCCUGCUAAACGGCACCGCAAGUGCGCACACACCCCCCAUCGACACCCUCACCGCGUUCCAACUCCUCCAAGACAUGUCCCCAUACAUCAAGUUCGCACACUUCACCGCAAACCAAGCCAUCUUAGAAGCCGUGGCCCAUGAAAAAAGAGUCCACAUAAUCGACUAUGACAUAACCGAAGGGGCCCAAUGGGCCUCAUUAAUUCAAGCUCUUUCCUCAGCAGGCCCACCAGGCCCACACCUCCGCAUCACCGCAUUGUCCAGAGGCGGCGGUGGAGGAGGAAAUUCCUCCUCUGCCUCUGGACAGAGAUCUAUAGCCUCCGUCCAAGAAACUGGAAGGAGGCUAACGGCCUUCGCGGCCUCUGUGGGGCAACCCUUCUCCUUUCACCACUCUCGGCUGGACCCCGACGAAACGUUUCGCCCUUCUAAUCUAAAGCUGGUUCGGGGAGAAGCUUUGGUGUUCAACUGCAUGCUGCAUUUGCCGCACCUCAACUUCCGAGCCUCAGGUUCGGUUGGUUCGUUUUUAAGAGGCGCGAAAGAGUUGAACUCGAGGCUGGUGGUGCUUGUGGAGGAGGAAAUGGGCUGUGUUGCUGCGGAUUCGGGCUUUGUGGGCUUUUUUAUGGACUCGCUGCACCACUAUUCGGCGGUGUUCGACUCGCUUGAGGUUGGGUUUCCCAUGCAGACAUGGGCCCGAGCUUUGGUGGAGAAAGUGUUUUUGGGCCCGAGAAUAACGGGCUCGGUGGCCCGGAUGUAUGGGAGUGGUACUGAGGAGGAGAAAGUGUCGUGGGGGGAGUGGUUGGGUGCGGCGGGUUUCAGGGGAGUUCCCCUGAGCUUCGCUAAUCAUUGCCAAGCGAACCUUUUGUUGGGUUUGUUUAACGAUGGAUAUAGGGUGGAGGAGUUGGAGAAUAAUAGGUUGGUGUUGGGUUGGAAAUCACGGCGUUUGCUUUCGGCUUCUGUUUGGAGUUCUAACUCUUGAUUAUUCAGUCAUUGUGCGACUUUUCUUUUUGUUUGUGUCUUCAAUUCUGAAAAUAAAAGGGGUAUUGUUGUCGAGCAGGACAGAACUCCUGCAACUAUGUUUUCUUUUUAAAAAAAAUUGUCAUGUUUGACUAUUUGCAUUAUGGGUUGACAUGAAAUGGAGUGUCUUUCAUUAAAAUUUGAAACUUAAACUAAA